AUGAGGGAGGGCAGCUGCAGCAAGGGCAAGGAGAGGCUGUGGACCAGCUCGGUGACCUUGGGUAAGUACGGAGGCUUCUGCCCUCCUGAUCCCGAUGCAGGGGCCAGGAUGGGAGGGCACAUCCUUUGGGCUCUGCCCAAAGCCCGCCAGGGGCACACAGGGGCCUCCGACCAGGAGCCUGGACCAGAUCCUACCCCCUAUGUGGUCCCCAAGCGGGCAUAG